UCAGGAAGCAUCUAGCGAUUGAUUUUCAAAUACAAUUAGGGGAUACAAUCAGACAGGGGAUAUAAACAUAUAGAUAUAACGAACAAACCCACUCCCCAGUGGGUUUUAACGAUUUCCUAGACUCGUUCUACGACAUAAACAAAGUUCGAUCAGCAUGGCGAGAUCGAAUUCGAGGUGGAAUAUUCGGCGGGCGGCGAUACUGGCAACGGCGUUGACCAGCGGAGUCUUGGGCGAUGAUCUAUUGGUCACGAGCGGAUUCACCAACUGUGAGGAUGGCAGCGCUAUUACGGUCCAGAAGGCGGAUAUAUCUUACAACAAUGCCGAUAAGACCGUGGUUUUCGAUGUAGCGGGUACGAGCAACAAGCAACAGAAUGUAACAGCUACGCUCUCCGUAACAGCGUAUGGUCAGGAUGUCUACACGAAUAGCUUCAAUCCGUGCGAGAGUGGGACAUAUGUCGAACAAUUAUGUCCUGUUCCCGUAGGGACAUUCGGCGCUAAGGGGUCACAGGCGAUACCUUCACAGUAUGCUAACUCCAUUCCAGCUAUUGCCUUCCAGAUCCCCGAUAUUGCGGCGGAGGCAACUCUACAGCUUAAGUCCUUAGACAACGGUAAAGAUGUGGGAUGUAUCCAAUCACAGGUCACGAACGGGAAGACCGCCACCGUUGCGGCAGUCUCUUUUGUCGCCGCUGGUGUAGCGGGAGCUGCCUUGUUGGUCGGUAGUGCAGGAGCACUUAGUGCAGCUCUCUCGGGUAGUGGUAGUGCUGCCAGCGGUGCCGGAGCAGCAACCGCCAGCCCAAGUUUUGGAGAGAUCUUCGGUGUAUUUCAGGGGUUCGCGAUGAACGGCAUGAUGUCCGCCAAGCUACCCCAGGUCUACCGGAGUUUCUCGGCCAACUUUGCUUUCUCGACCGGUCUCAUCCCGUGGGAGCAGAUGCAGGUCUCUAUCGACAAUUUCCGACAGAUGACAGGUGGAAACCUGACGAACGACGGUGUGGAUUUCCUAAGGAAAGCAACUUUGGUCUAUCCUGACGGCUCGUCUGCGAGCUCGAACUCCUCUUCGAUUGUCGGGCGUGCCCUCGCGAACGCCUACCUUGCCGCUCGUGAUAUCGAGACAUCGGUUAACGGAACUAACGAUGGAAACUCGACAUCCGGUCCCGACGCCACGCUCCGUACGAUUGUCAAUGGUAUUCAGGCCUACGCCGAGCGAUUGUCCGUUCCGCAAGCCAACACUUUCAUGACCGUUCUUCUCAUUGUUGCUAUCGUAAUCGGUGUCAUUGUCGUCGGUAUAUUGUUAGUGAAAGUCAUUCUCGAGACCUGGGCUCUAUUCGGAAACUUCCCCGAAUCUUUGACUGGUUUCCGUAAGCAUUACUGGGGCUCGAUUGCCCGCGCCAUCACAUCUCUUAUCCUACUUCUUUACAGCAUUUGGGUACUAUAUUGUGUAUUCCAAUUCACACACGGAGACUCUUGGGCCGCUCAGACACUUGCGGGUGUUACCCUUGCCAUCUUCACCAGCAUUCUAAUCUUCUUCUCGUGGAAAAUUUGGAGUAUGGCUCACAAGCUCAAGAAUGCCGAAGGAGAUGCCUCAGCUCUGUAUGAGGAUAAGAAGAUCUGGGUGAAGUAUUCCCUCUUCUAUGAAUCAUACAAGAAGGAUUAUUGGUGGAUAUUUGUACCGGUCAUCCUCUAUAUGUUCGCCAAGGGCUGUGUCCUUGCCGCUACCAAUGGCCAUGGCUUGUCACAGGCAGUCAGCCUUUUGGUCGUCGAAGGGUUAAUGUUGAGCGUUUUGAUCUGGAGCAGACCAUUUGAGCGGAAGUCUGGAAAUGUCGUGAACAUCGCUAUCCAGGUCGUACGCGUUCUCUCUGUUGUCUGCAUUCUCAUCUUCGUCGAGGAAUUCGGCAUCGCCGAAACCACACAGACUGUUGCUGGCGUCGUUCUGAUCGCUAUACAAUCGGCACUCGCCGGAAUUCUCGCCAUCCUGAUUGCAUAUAAUGCAAUCAUAGCCUGCUUCAAGCAGAACCCUCACCGCAAGCGUAGAAAGGAGAUGGAAAAGAUGCAACGUGAUAUGGACACUCUGACACCCCUGGAUGCGCGGAACUCGCUACUCCUAGAGCGUGUCAAGACCGGCGAGACAAAGAUCACCAUCUCCUACAACAACGCCCCAUCGGAUUACAAGCUACCCGUAAAGCGCGAUUCUUCUGACCAGUAUAUGAGUAUUUCUGUUGAGCCGACCAAUGCUUACUCGCCGCUCAACGCUCCAUACAACAGACCGUUAACGCCUAGCGCACCGAUGGGAGGGGCGAACCCAAGCCGUGAUAACCUCGUUCAUAGUGCUGCUCCCAUCACGCAACAGCCUACGAUUCCCAAUGUAGGAGGUGGAUACCCUGCCUACAACCAGGGGCAGCAGAACGGGUACGCGGGAUAUCGUCAACCCGGGUAUUAGAUAAGGAGCAACGACGAAGAAUGAAGACGAAUGCUCUGGUGUGGGGAGGGGGGCUCGACACAGAUUUAGUGAUUCAGUGUGGUCGAAACGGCAACGGAGGGGGGCUCUCACUGGUUUUUUAUACCUGUAAUGUGGCCACGAAAUGCUGUUAAAACACGAACCUAUACCCAUCUGUUCUAAGCUCAUCGGAAACGGGGGGCUUCAGGCCGGGGGGUACAGGAUUUACAUACCUAGACAUCCAUACCUACAUAUUCCUUUUUUAAUCAUGUAGACGGCCGUGCCCAUAUUCUCUACCUAGUAUAUAGCUGAAACCAUACCGAAUUGUAGUGAUCACGGCCGUUAUUCUCAUUCUCUCUUGAAAGUUCCGAACAUGUCUGAUGCUGUGGUGUAGCGAUUCUGAUGGGUUUCAAGUUAUAUGUGACAUUUCAUUCAUAUUUUAAGAUAUACGUGAGGUAAGAUACUGAGAGAAGAGGGUUUAUGUG